AUGGCGGCCGGGCCGGCGCUCGGGGAUGGAGGAGGCGGCUGCGAGGCAUUUGAGGCAGCUCCGCUCCGCUCUCCCGCUCCUGCCCUGCCUCCCGCCCGCCCUUCGCCACGCGCCUCCGCCGGCGGCUGCGCCCCUCCGCCCUCACCUGUCCCGCCGGGGGACGGCCUUCCCGCCCCGCCACCGCUCGCGCCUUCCUGCGGCUCGGCUCACCUCGGGCUCCGGCGAGGGCCGACCCGCUCGGCGAAAAGCCUCGCCGCACCGCAACUCGGGUGCGGGUGGAGGCGCAGCUUUGGCACGGGAAGGGCGCAGCCCGGCAGCCCGAGCGGGGCUGGGCCUCGGGGCGGAGCGGCAGGGCGCCGACCGCCGGAGUUGAGGGCCGCUCGGUCGGAGUCGUGGGAACUCGUCGGUAGCUGCUCGCACGUGGCGGCUCUGGAGGGGUGGGCGCUGCAGGACACAACAGCAGCAGGCUGCCAUUUGGGCUGCCCCACUACAUCUGGCACAGAGAAACCUGGAGCAAACCACGAGGGCUCUCACCAUGCUCCCUGUCAGCACCUUGUUCAAACUGGACUCAGAAUGAUUGAGAACAGACUCUUGCUUCUGAUUGAGGUAGAAGAGAUAUAAUACAUAAUAUACCCACUGUGGGGUAGGCUAUCGAGAAGGAGCACUGCAGCAGCUGAAAGGAUGCCAUAUACUUACCAUCUGAGAUGGCUGACUCCCGGGAUAGAGGUCAGCUCUGAUGUUCUAUCUAGUUUUUCAAAGUACUCUUGCUUAUUAUUAUUAUUAUUUUAAACACGCAGGCUUAAAGCCAAACUGAUUAAGGCCAUACAAUAAAUUAUUCCUUUGUCUUUAA